AUGGGUUUUCUCGAUUUCUUGAGUAAACGACCUUCUGUUGAGACAACGUCUUCACAGAGGAGCCAGGCCAUCUCCUCAAAUGCUCGAGGCGUCUUGGCCAGUCGUGAAAACGGAACGAGAACACCAGACCCAUCGCAGAGGUUGCUCAAGCCUCGCCUCAUAGGUAUAAGCGAAGGAUCACCUGGUACGACAUUGAAAGCGUCCGAGAACGCUAGAUCACCAGCAUCACUCAAGGCCAUUGGACACAGUAGCAACGGCUCUAAAGCCGGCCUUUCCCUGAACAACAUUCCCAAAUAUGGCGACUGUGAACGGCCGCACAGUCGUGGUGCGGUCGACCGGCUCACCCCUCUGACGCCAAACUUCUCUCUCCCACGCCGACGCUCUUCGGCUUUUAUCGACAUCCUCGACGCUCAGGGAGAGCUCAAGCCAUAUGAUUUUAGGUCAAGAGUCCAAGCAUCCGGCUCUCGUGACUAUGGCGAAGACGUCGCCGACAGGAACAUUCAGCCUGCCGUGGCCGGGGCGACGCUUCUACAUGGCUCACGGGGCAGUGCUUCUUCGGGCAGCUACUCCAGGCACGUCUACGCUAUACCUGCGAUACUUGAUCGCCACAGGGACAGAUUCUCUCCCAAACUCGAGCCUACUGACCGCCCCACGUCCCGACAAGCCUCACUGAGCUGUCGGCCGAGGUCAAGGGGAAGGAUUAGCCCUGCUGUCGAGAGUUUUGACAGGGCAGGCGGCUUCGGCAGCCAUGAGAUCCAUAGCCCUCGUCUCCAGUCAAAAAGCUCUUACGGACAGAUCUCCAUUACUGGCAGCUGGGCAUCCACCCCACAGCAGGCUCCAAGGACGGCAGACGGCCGCUACAUGCGAGAUGAGGACGAUUCCUUCUCCCAUGGGCUUUCGGCCUCGCCGCCCGGCAUUCCUCGCUACAAAGCUCGGCAAUGCAGCUUGCCUAGUAGUAAGCUCCUUUCUGGGCCCGCGUCGGGGUCCGUUCGUUCAGCAAGAGAAACCAUGAGCAAGUCGCCUUUGCCACCUCUUUCCGACCGAUCUAAGCAGCUAUAUCAGCAGCGCUGCAAGACGCCGACUUCGCCGAACCAGCUGCACAGCUUUCGUCACAAGGCCGAAACCGAUUGGAGUCGGUUCAACAGGUACGCGGGCGAGCAUCUUCAACCGACUGUGCCGCACUGGGAUGACGCUGCGUCGUCAACCUCGGAGCACGCGCCUUCGUUUACUUUCGGCAGCACGGGCAAUCUUCAGCUGGACAACACAGAUAGACAGCCCUCCGUGCGGACCUUUGGCAAGCGUGGGUCUGUAUCUUCGUUUGCCCAUUCCGACUACUCCAGUCCUAACUUUCCCGGCACUCUCAGUGUUGGCACCGCCGAUACAUCCAUUGACAUACCCGCCACCUCGCUGUUCAACAAGAUGUCGUUCGGUGGUGGUUCCUCUCGAAAUCUUCGAUCCAGGGGUGCCGACAGCUGUUGCGCUCCCGACUUCACUGGCAAGGGAGAUGAUUCUUGCGGCGAAUCCAUCUUCAUCUCUCCCGCAACCCCGGUGGAGGAACAGCCCAUCUGCAAUCUCUUCUCCCCCAGUCGCCGAGGCCUCAGCGUAAGCAGCCAUGACGCCACUAGCAUCUCAGACUCGGACGUCGACUCCUUUCGUGGCAAGUAUCCUCACGUUGGCCGUGACGGCGAGGCUCUUUUGUUCAGAGACGAGGGAUUUGGUGACAACGGCAAGAGUUUGCCAGGGCUAUUCAACGAUUCAGAUCGUCUUUCCACCCCUGAAUGGCCAGGCAUGCCCAUGACUGCAACAGACGCGUCCGAAAUGGGCGAUGACGAAGCAUCUGUCGUGGGAGUGCCUUUGGCCCUCCAAAAAUUGCGAUCAUGCCCCUCAAGGCCGCUUACCCAACGCGAACGAUUGCUAGCUCUGGGCUACGACUACGAUUCCGACUCCGAUACCGAGGCUUCCGCACGUACCGACGAGCUCCCCGAGGAGCGGGCGCUCGAGCUCAUCUCCAGCCUCAUGAAGGGCACUGCAUCUGCGGAGGGCAAAACUGGGCAGCAGCUUGACGAAAAGACGAUUGUCAAGUUACGCAAGGAUAUCAAAAGGAGAAGAAUGCUCGAUGCUCGAAAGGGGCGCAAAGUCUCCAGCCAGGAGAACAGCAGUCAGGAGAAUAGCGAGAUAGAGGCCACGGCGCUGGGAAUCACGGUUGUAGAAUAA